AUGACAUCGAGAAUGUGCCAAAUGGAGUUUUGUAAAAGAGAUGCCGCAACACUAUGUUUUCAUUGUACUAACGAAGUAUGCAAAAAACAUUUUAUAGAACAUGCCAAUUUGAUAAUGGUUGAAGUUCAUUCACUCGCUGACCAAGUGAAUAUUCUUGCAGAUGAAACUAGUGCAAAAUCCAUCUCAAAUAUUACUAAACUUCCACUGGAAGAUCUAGAACGCUGGAAAAAUGAAAGUCAUAAGAUGAUCGAUGAAUUUUACACCGAAAAACAACAGGAUAUACAAAAAAUUUAUUUGCAAAUAGAACGCAAAUUUACCGACCAGAAGAUUGAACAAGAACAACUGAUUAAAACACUUAGAGAAAAGAUUGCUGAUCUAGUAGAAGAAGGAGAAGCAACACUCGACCAAAUUAAACGAUUACAAAAUUUAAUGGAAGACAUUAAAAGGAUGUCAACUAAGUUCGACACAAAUAUCAUUGUCGUUAAAACAAAGAAGAACUGGUUAGAUAAGAAUUCUUGUAUAAUACAACACAAUUUAUCAAUGGUAACAACGGCAGAUUCGUGUGAACAACUCUUGACGGACAAUUCGAAUAACUGGGAUGCCACAUGCUUUGAUUUAUCGAAUGGAAUCUCAUAUCCACUCAUGCUAGAAAAGGAGGAAGAAAAGGAUGUAACAUUCGCUGUGUUUGAAGCAGAUCCUCAAAUGCAAUCCAAUCGAACGAUUGAAAGGCUCUGUGAACCUUGGUGCUGUAACCCGGCGUCGGAAAACGAAAUAUUUUCGUCUCCACAACAGCAACAUGCUCAAAAUGGUCUUCAACAAGAACAGCAAUUCUAUCAACAAAAUAAUUUAUAUCCUGCAAAUGAUUUGUAUGGUCUAUGCUCUAACAACGUCAACAGCCUAUCGCAACAGUCUCAACAAUGGCCAUCCUCUCAGAAGUCCAAUGAUCGCUCGAUUACUCAAAAAUUCAAGGAUAUGUUGCAAGAAGAACAACAAAAAAGAAAUAAUGACAACAAACAUAACGAAAACAGAAAUCCAAUUCGAUCCUUAAAAUCAAUAGGUUUAUCUAAGCCGAAGUAUAAGUAA